AUGGCUGCAGCAAAACUUAUUGACAGGCGCCUCCGCAACGUCCCUGGCAAACUCCGUGUGGCAGAGCUGUUCUUUGAUGUCCCAGUCAAUUACAGUAAGCCAAACGAUGGCUCUAUCCGGCUUUUUGCCCGCAGCGUGCGUCGGCAAACGUCCUUUCCAGAUACGGAAAGUACCGAGAAGCCACUGCCAUGGUUUGUAUACUUGCAGGGUGGCCCAGGCUUUGGAUGCCGGCCACCGCAAGAAGUAGGAUUUGUUCCCUUCGUCUUGGACAAGGGUUAUCAGGUUCUCUUCCUUGAUCAGCGGGGUACUGGUCUCAGCUCCACCAUCACGGCCCAGACCCUUGCUCGCCAAGGCGAUGCCGUCAAACAAGCGGAAUAUCUCAAACACUUCCGUGCAGACAAUAUUGUGCGAGAUUGCGAGGCCGUUCGCAAAUACUUGACCACUGAUUAUCCCGAAGAAUAUCAGAAGUGGAGCGUCCUUGGACAGAGCUUUGGCGGAUUUUGUGCCACAACUUAUCUUUCAAACCACCCUGAGAGUCUUAGAGAGGUCUUCCUCACAGGAGGCCUUCCUCCGCUCGUCAAGGGCCCAGACCCAGUCUACGCGAAAACAUACGAAAAGGUUGUUGAGCGAAAUGGAAUCUUCUAUGAAAAAUUUCCAGAUGAUGUGGAUCGUGUGAAGAAGAUCUUCCAAUAUUUGAAAGAAAACAAACCCCGCCUUCCAUCAGGUGUGCUUACACCAGAACGUUUUCAGCAGCUUGGCAUCAAUUUCGGUGGUUAUGGUGGAUUGGACUCUAUUCAUGAUAUCAUUCUCCGAGUCACCAACGAUCUUGACUUGUUUGGCUUCUUGACACGCCCAACUCUGUCUUUAAUUGAGAGCUAUGGCGGAUACGACAAUGCAGUCAUCUAUGCCAUUUUGCACGAGUCGAUCUAUUGUCAAGGCGAAGCUUCACGCUGGUCAGCCGAUAGGUUGCGCUCGCAGAAUUCUCGGUUCCAGACCGACGGCAACGCGCCAGAAGUAUAUUUUACUGGCGAGAUGAUCUAUAGAGACAUGUUUGAUUCCUACGAUGAACUCAAAGAGCUCAAGGAUGCGGCCGAGAUCCUCGCCUCGGCGGAUGAUUGGCCUGCUCUGUAUGACGAGGCUCAAUUAGCCAAGAAUAAGGUCCCAGUGUACGCCGCUACCUACGUGGACGACAUGUUUGUCCAUUAUGACCUAGCCACUGCCACGGCAAAGAAAAUCAAGGGUGCUAAGCAAUUCAUCACAAACACCAUGUUCCAUGGAGCGCUGCGCGACAGAACAGAUGAGGUCAUGCGUCAGCUCUUCUUCUUGAAGGAAGACUCGAUCGACUAA